AUGAGAACGCAGCUCGAGUCUUCUCAGGUCUGUCUCCAGCCGGGCUCGGUCUUAGGGGUUCUGGGAUCGAGGAGGCAGCGGGCAGCAGCUUCAGGGACGUGGCAUCUGCUUGGGAAACGUCGCCAAAGUCGCCUUUUGGGUGCAGGUACUACUAACUCGCUGGCUUACUGGACCUCUUGUGUUCGUUCUUCUGCAGGACUCUUGGUUCUUUGGGAGCGCCCCACGUCGAAGAAGGGCAGAGGGAGGCAAAUUCCCUGCUCCUUUCCGAAUUCAUUCAUUCAAGAAGGAAAUUUAAGAACACAGAACAUGCCCGAGGCUGAGGAAGAUCGUCCUUUGGUUUAUGCACCCCCGGAGGAGCAAGGAAAUUCUCUACCUUCCCAAGGUGUCACCCAGGAAGCAGAAGGAAGCAUAACUGGACAGCCUACCCAACCCGGCCAGGGAUUUCAAGAGAAUGCCCCCGCCAGGCAUUUGGACCCUGAAGAAAUCAUAAGAGGGGUAGAUGAGUUGGAGAGGCUUAGGGAAGAAAUAAGAAGAGUGAGAAACAAGUUUGUGAUGAUGCAGUGGAAGCAAAGACAUUCACGCAGCCGUCCUUAUCCUGUAUGCUUUAGGCCUUGAAUUCUUUUCUGUCUGAUUCUAAAAGUUGGCUCCUGAUUUCUUUCUGUUAGCCUUUUCUUCUGUACUUUGAGCCAUCUUUUUCUUUCAGGAAUAUGGUAGGAUCUUGUGUAAGGUAGUUCUCUUUUUACCAGCAUCUCAUUGGAUUUUUGUCUCAUUUCCAAUUAGGAAGUUUCACACGGAUGCUCGAAAAUAUGUACAUUUCAUGUCAUAAAAUAGAAUACCAGGUUAUAAAGCAGCAUAUGUAGUCUGAGCUCACGUUGGAUAAAAUUCCUAAUUGUGUGUGUGCACAUGUGUGAAUGUGUAUACAUGCACAGAUACAUAUACUGAAAAACAACUAUGUGUGGUGUAUUUUUUUCUCUUUGCCUAUCUGUAUAUUUCAGUGGUCACAGCACACCACAAUGAGUUAAAGACUUGGAGCUUAGAAGGACAACAGGGGCACCUAAACUCUGAAAAUUGUAAACCUCAUAUUAACUCUGGAUUGCUCAACCAGGGGAAUAAAACUGGCAAUUAUCACU